AUGGCAGGCGUAGGAGAGCGGGAGAACAAGGCCUUCCAGGCGACCAAGAGCCGGUUUCCAACCUGCCAAGCCAGCGAGACGUCGCAUGGGGAAACCCUCGCCAGGGUUACGCCGUCAGGAGACGCACUCAUCCACUACGCAGAUGGACUCACGCAGGACACCUUCAAAAUAUGCAAAGAGUUCCUGAGACCAUUCAAGAAAUGUCUACGGAAGCUGAAUUUGCCCAAAGAUUUUCCAAAGGAGAAGAGGCUGACCUGUACCCGGAAGAAUCUGACCAUUCUCGGGGAUCACAUCAACAUGUUCCUGCAGCAUUACUGCAAAACAUGGGAACUAAAGCACUGGAAGAAGAUGCUUUGGAGAUUUGUCUCCCUUUUCUCAGCACUCGACGAGAAGCAGCUGUGUAAAUUGUACCGAUACAGCAAGACCGACCAAAUGGCCAAGUUCCUGAAGGCCUAUUGCCGCUUGGAAAGCCCAGAUUUGGUCAUUCUCCCCAGUCAUGGCAAUCUGAUGAAGCUGCGCGAUACUUGGGGCCUCUGCCGUGGUGCGAAGCUGCAAGAAAAACGGAGACAGGUCUGCUCGCUGUCGCCAGAUCACAACCAGCCUGCGGGAAGGAUGCUGAAUAAGAGGUUCUGCAAGACAUCUUCAAAGACAAGAAGGAAGGAAGGUUUCACCGAUGUGGGCCGGCCCACGUGCAAACUAUCCGUUUCAUCCAGCAGCGAAGCAGUGAAUUUUUCUUCAGUGUCCAAAGGAGGUCUUUUAAAGAGCAACCAUUAACACGUGCGGCACGUCACCCAGGACACAAACAAUAAUUAUAAUAAAAAAGCAUGUGCCCAACUGAGAAUCCACAGAAAGAGCUUCUCUUGACUU